UGAUCCAGAAACGCAUUCUCGUUAUUUGUGUCGAUUAUUUCCGCAUCUUACCUGGAUAGACCAUUAUUUCUAUCGGCGUGACAUCCAUGGAGCUUGGGCCUAUUUAUGGAAUACGUCGAAAUUGUCUCGUCAAAUGACUGCCUAUAUCAUGCAAUUGACGUUUUCAAGAUUCGUUGCUCCCGUUCUCCGCCCGCCGGCUAGUGCUAAACAUCGAGGCUAUAGAAUAUCUGGAGUAGAGGCUAGUCGCCACCAUCCUUUCAAAUGCAGGAACAGGAAGUCCCAACGAGUCAAUCACGUUGGGAAGUGCCGGUCAGUUGAUGCCAGAUGGAACAACAUAUGACUGCGAUCAGACGCUGCCACAGUUUAGCGUCAGGCCAUCCUGCGGACUGCUUGACAGUUUCUAGUCGCAGAGUCGGUAUAAGCCAAGUAUUGUUCGCAAUUCACACCGGCGAGCGUCCUGCAGACCCCCACUCGCGCGUGCUUCCAAGAGACGAUUGGCAGCGUCGACAUCAUGGCUACUUGCCCUUGCCUCUCACGGUCGGAGUCCGCCACGCCGAUCCGAAGAUCUCUGACGUGGGGGUCCUUAGUCAUAGACUAGGGGCCGCCGAAUCAACGGGCCCGAAAAGUGCAGGAAAAUGUGUGCGUUGCCUGGCCAGAAAUUGGGAAUUCCGGGGAGGAAGGUUCUGGGAAAGUGGGAAAGGAAUUGAAUCUGGGAUCCCCGCAUUAUGCGCCAGAAUUAGGUCAUGGCCGUUGUCGAGACGAAACGCCGGGGUGAACACACGGGGGGAAAUGAGAUCACGAAAGGAGGGACCGGGAGUCUAAGGAACCUAGAAGAAGAACAGACGCGGAAAAGCCGUGAAGAUGACCAGUAUACUCGGUAUUAUUAUCCUG